UUCGAAAUUUAAAGUCGACAUACAACGUUAAAAGCGGUGCGACUUUAUGAUCUUAUGAUAUGACAGUGGAGCUUCCAGGGUACAACUUGUUGUAUACAAUAGGGUCCGGGUCUUUUGCAAGCGUUAAAUUAGGCGUUAAAAAAAAAUCUUUAAAAGCAGUCGCUGUUAAAAUAUUCGAUACUCAAAGAGUGGAGGAACUAGUAAUUAAAAAGGAAAUAAUGACGCACAAAUCUGUAGAGCAUCCUAAUAUUAUAAAGCUGCAAAGUUUUAUGCGAUCUGAAGAUUUAAAGUAUUGGUUUCUUAUAUUAGAAUAUGCCCCUAACGGUGAACUUUUUGACAUAAUAGAACCUGAUGUCGGUAUAGAAGAAGAUUUUGCUCAUUUUUACUUUCGUCAGCUUAUUUCUGCAGUGAAGUAUCUUCACAAACUGGGUAUCGCGCAUAGAGAUAUAAAACCGGAAAAUCUUUUUCUUGACCAAAAUAACAACUUAAAACUAGGCGAUUUCGGGUUAGCCACUUUUUUUCGGUAUAAAGGAAGAGAACGACUUCUGGAGACUAAAUGCGGCACAUUUCAGUACAUCGCCCCGGAAGUUUACUGCGGAAGUUCCUAUGCUGCCGAGCCGGCGGAUCUUUGGUCUUGCGGUAUUGUACUGACUGCGUUGCUGACCGGACGUUUGCCGUGGGAUGUUCCGUCCGUUGAGUGCCGUGAAUUUUCUAAUUGGGAAAAUCAAGAAGUAAUUCGGCCGCCCUGGAUAUUUAUGAAUAGCGAACCCAAAAGUUGCAAUUAUUUACUUUUAUGCGUUUCACCGCAAAACCGUCUCACCUUAAGCGGAAUAGAGGGGAACAGUUGGUUUCUACGAUUCAAUCGGUUGAUUGAUUUCACGGCUGGCGGUAAGUUAUCUUCCACUACACUGUUUUGCCUAUUAAGUGAUCAAACCAAAGAAGAAGACUUCAUUAAGUUCGCGGAGGACGUUUUGCCCGAGCAGUACUGUUCAAAACGACUCCGCACAAGAAGCAACGAGAGCACUUGUUUGACUGACGGCGCGAGAACGGAAACCGUCCUCUUAGAGGGAUCGCUGUUGAGUCAAUUUUGCACACAGCCAGUUGGAGAGAGAAGCGGAGUUACCAGCGAUGCGGGCCGGCAAAACUUUACACAACCCACUCAACCGGAGGAUAUGUUUGUCAGUCAGAAUCUAAUCUCCCCGCAAUACUCUCAGUCAGCGAGGAUAUCACAACUCGUUCUGCGGAUGACGCGCUUUCUUUCCACUGAAGAUCCUGAGAAGAUCUUUACGCUUCUCAAAAAUAUACUAAGCACAGAAUCUUAUAAGUACAAAAGCAAUGACGAGGCCAUGAUGAUCAAAGCUCAAACGUUUGGGGCCCGCAAAGCUCUACUGGUGUUUACUGUCCAGCUCCACCGUUUGAAUGACACAUUCCACGUCAUCCACUUUAAACGCCUUAAAGGCGACGGUUUUGAAUUUAAGAAGAUUUUUAAAACCAUCAAAGACGAUAUGCAGCACUUAAUCUACUGAAUGCGACCUUCAAAAAGUAAAGAAGAG